UAUGUUUCUCUAUUACUCCUGCAGGGAUAUUAAACUGCCAGAAUACGGAAUGAAAACGACCGUUUUAGUUAUAUGUAUGCAUUUUAUUACUGCUACUGCAUUAUUAAAGAAUUAUAGAAAAUUUGAAGAAACUAGCAACGAACUUAAAAAAUUAUCUAAUUUAUAUUCUGAUAUUAGUCAUUUAUACAGCAUUGGAAAUUCAGUAGAAGGUGGUAGGGAACUAUACGUUAUAGCUCUAGGUAAAUAUGCUAAAAAACACCAAUAUCUUAUUCCGGAUGUUAAAUAUAUUGGUAACAUUCAUGGAAAUGAGAUUGUUAGUAAAGAAAUUUUAUUGGAAUUAGCUAACUUCUUGUUAUCAUCUUACUCAACAAACACUACAAUAGGUUUAUUAUUAAAUAAAACAAGAAUACAUAUAAUGCCAACAAUGAACCCCGAUGGCAUGGAAAAGUCAAUAUCUAAUAUGGAAUUACACAGUUGCACUGGAGUUGGAGGCAGAUAUAAUAGUAACAAAGAGGAUCUUAAUCGUAACUUCCCUGAUAAGAUUGUACCUAAAUCUCAAAGUAAUUUACAGCCCGAAACUAGGAAUGUGAUUCUGUCAAUAAUGAAAUGGCUUGAAACUGAAAAAUUUGUUUUAUCGGCAAAUUUUCACGGUGGUGCUCUAGUUGUCUCCUAUCCUUAUGAUAGUUACCCUAAUGCCAUAGAUAAUGGCCCAUCUAAAGAAUAUCUUACACCGGAUAACGAUAUUUUCACUCAUCUUUCAAGAGUCUAUGCAAAUUCUCUACCGGUGUCAAAGGCAGAUUUUAAAUGUAAUAGUUUCGAGAAUUUUGAUGAAGGAAUAACAAAUGGUGCGGCUUGGUAUCCAAUAGUCGGCGGUAUGCAAGAUUACAACUACAUAGUCCAUAAAACAUUUGAAUUAACAAUAGAAAUGUCAUGCUGUAAAUUUCCAAACGCUUCCGAUUUACCAUCUCUUUGGCAGCGUCACAAAAACUCUUUAAUUAUCUUCCUACAAAAAUCACAUAUAGGCAUUAAGGGAACCGUUUUUGAAGAAAAUACAAAGCUGCCAAUAGAUGGAGCCAAGAUUUUCGUAAAUUACAGAUCGACAUAUGUAGAAACAAGCAAAUUAGGUGAAUAUUGGCGCCUCCUACUGCCUGGGACAUAUAUUAUUAAGGUUUGUAUUAAGGAUUAAUGUAACUAGAAUCGUCGUAUAACAAUAACAAUAAUAACAAUAUAACUCACCGAUGUUAGGAUUUAUCGUUCCACUAGAAAUACAGUUUGUUAUUAAUUGAUGCGCAGCACGUUUAAAUAUAACGUUAUUAAUAGAAUUUUCUAGUAUAGAGUGGAAUAUUUUUUAGAGCGGAGAAGCCUUUGCUAGAAUUUUUAUGUAGAAUAGAGUAUACGCAAAGAUUCUACAAAGAGAAUAAAGGAGAAACAUGGAGUUUAUAUUUGCGAAAUUGAGAAAGCUCUUUCCUAUAACUACAUAAAAAUAGCAGGACUCAAAGUUUCAAAAUUUAUU